AUGAUUGUUGCAGGUUUUACUAGCCAACUUCGUGGUUGGUGGGACAAUUAUUUGACUCUAGAAGAAAGGGCAAUGGUUAUUAAUGCUACAGCCUCUGACGAAGGAGUUGAUAACUUAGGCAUGGCCCUAGUGGCAAAUAGAGAAGAUGCUGUUUACACCCUUAUUGUUACUAUAUUAGAACAUUUCAACGGUAGAUUUACCAACCAACAUGAAACAGUUCGCACUCUCCUUAAUAGUCUUAGAUGUAGGUCCUUAGGUGAAUUCAGAUGGUAUAAGGAUACUUUUAUGAGUAGGGUUAUGGAACUACCCAAAAAUAAAUUUGACCAUUGGAAAACAAAGUUUAUAGAUGGCCUUCCCUCCUUAUUCGCUGAAAGAGUUAGAAAAAUUCUAAGAGGUAGUUAUGGUGAAAUCCCGUACAAAGAUUAUACUUAUGGUACGUUGAUAGGAAUUUGCACACAUGAAGGGUUAAACCUGUGCAAUGAGUUAAGAUUGUCCAAACAUCUUAAGAUGGAUAAGCUUAAGGAAAAAUCUCAGUUAGGAGAUUUUUGUACUCAGUUCGGUCUACCCGAGGCUUCUACUCAUAAGAAGAAAAAACAUAAGUAUCAUAGAUACCCUAACCAAGACAGUCCUUAUAGGAAAAAGAGAUCUAGAUAUAGAUCCAAAGAAGAACGAGAAGCCAAGAAAGGUUAUCUAAAGAAGACUUAA